AUGACUUAUAAUACAUCUCCAUCUUACCAUAUCCAUUUCUUACCAUUGCCUAAUAUGCAUUCAAUGCCCAACCCAGGACUUGAAACCGUUAUAGCUGAAAUGUCAAGAAAAUUAAAUAAACUGAAUCUACUGGAUAGUGCACUUGACAGACUAACUGCUAUUGAAACUAAAAUAGACACAUUUGAAAGUGAUAUCAGUAGACUAAAACACGAUAGGGGGAUGAUGAAUAAUCUGAUAUUCACUGGCAUUGCAGAAUCUAUAGAUCUUGAUAGUGAAAAUUGUGAACAUGUCUUGAAACGAUUUAUACACGAAGAAUUAGAUAUCUCUAAAGGAUUAACGUUCCGAAAGAAAAACGAAACAAACGUCGGUACCAUUAUAGAGAAUAUUAAUAAAAUACAAGAAACCAAUAAUAAGAUAGAAAAUGAUAGAAUAAUUAAUAGUGCAAUUAAAGAAAUUAAUAAUAUAUUCAAUAACUCAGCCAAAGAAGCCUUUAGUAAACCAAAACCAUUUAAAUAUUAUAGUCAGAAGACAACAAGUAACAAUCAAUGGUUUGAUAGUUCUUGUAGAUCUUCAAAAAAAUUAUUUCAUAAAGCUAAAAGAAAAUAUAAGAACCAAAAAUCUGCUAUUAACAAAAGCGAACUUAAUUCAGCUGGUAAAAUUUAUAGAAGUGAUUUAAAUCGAGCCCAUAAUAAAUUAGAAUUCCAGACAGAGCACAAAAUUAGAGAAUUGUCGAAAAAUAACGCGAAGUCUUUUUGGAAAAUUUUAGAAGAAAUAGACGGAAAAACAAAAUAUAAUGCCGAUAGUAAUAUAGAUGAAUUAUAUGAUUACUUUAAAGAUCUUAAUACCAUAGAAAAUCCUAAUGAUAUUGAAUUUAAUAUAUCCUUGAAUGGAACUAACAAUGAACUAAUUGAUGAAAUAUUGAAUGCGCCAAUAACAAACUUAGAAAUUUUAAGAUUCUAUUAA